GAGUGGGCGGCUCGGCAGCGCCGGGAGAUGUCCCUGCUGCCGGUGCUCCUCGCCGCCGGGGGCCUGGGGCAGUGAGAGGGCUGGCGAGCGACGGAAAGCGGCCCCGGCGCGGCGCGCACGGAGGGGCCGCGGGCGCCAUGGAGGGGGUGCUGUACAAGUGGACCAACUAUCUGAGCGGUUGGCAGCCUCGGUGGUUCCUGCUCUGUGGAGGAAUAUUGUCCUAUUAUGAUUCCCCUGAAGAUGCCUGGAAAGGUUGCAAAGGGAGCAUCCAAAUGGCAGUCUGUGAGAUUCAAGUUCAUUCUGUAGAUAAUACACGCAUGGACCUCAUCAUCCCUGGGGAGCAGUAUUUCUACCUGAAGGCCAGAAGCGUGGCUGAGAGACAGCGGUGGCUUGUAGCCCUGGGGUCAGCCAAGGCCUGCCUGACAGACAGUAGGACCCAGAAGGAAAAAGAGUUUGCUGAAAACACUGAAAACUUGAAAACCAAAAUGUCGGAACUAAGACUCUACUGUGACCUUCUUGUUCAGCAAGUGGGUAAAACAAAAGAAGUGACCACGACCGGUGUGUCCAGUUCUGAGGAGGGAGUUGAUGUGGGGACUCUGCUGAAAUCCACCUGCAAUACUUUUCUGAAGACUUUGGAAGAAUGCAUGCAGAUUGCAAAUGCAGCCUUCACCUCCGAGCUGCUCUAUCGCACUCCCCCAGGAUCCCCCCAGCUGGCCAUGCUCAAAUCCAGCAAGAUGAAACAUCCUAUUGUCCCGAUUCAUAAUUCAUUGGAAAGACAAAUGGAAUUAAACAAUUGUGAAAACGGAUCUUUAAAUAUGGAAAUAAAUGAUGACGAAGAAAUCGUAAUGAAAAACAAGAGCUCCUUAUAUAUGAAAUCUGCAGAGAUAGAUUGCAGCAUAUCAAGUGAAGAAAAUACAGAUGAUAAUAUAACAGUCCAAGGUGAAAUAAUGAAGGAAGAUGGAGAGGAAAACCUGGGAAAUCAUGACACCAACGUGCUACAGCCUGGGUCCGACUCCUCAAGUAGCUCUCCAGAAUCCCAGUGGGAAGAGGGCCAAGAAGUUAUCCCGACGUUCUUCAGUACCAUGAACACCAGCUUCAGCGACAUUGAACUUCUGGAAGAUGGUGGCAUUCCCACAGAAGCAUUCUUGGCAUCUUGUUAUGCUGUGGUUCCGGUGCUGGACAAACUGGGCCCUACGGUGUUUGCUCCUGUUAAAAUGGAUCUUGUUGGAAAUAUUAAGAAAGUGAAUCAGAAGUAUAUAACCAACAGGGAGGAGUUUACCACCCUCCAGAAGAUAGUGCUGCACGAGGUGGAGGCCGAUGUUGCCCAGGUUAGGAACUCGGCCACAGAAGCCCUCCUGUGGCUGAAGAGAGGUCUCAAAUUUUUGAAAGGAUUUUUGACAGAAGUGAAAAAUGGAGAAAAAGAUAUCCAGACAGCCCUAAAUAACGCGUACGGAAAAACGUUACGGCAGCACCACGGCUGGGUGGUUCGAGGGGUUUUUGCGUUAGCUCUGAGGGCAGCUCCGUCCUAUGAAGAUUUUGUGGCGGCGUUAACCAUAAAGGAAGGAGACCACCAGAAAGCAGCUUUCAGUGUCGGCAUGCAGAGGGACCUCAGCCUGUACCUCCCUGCCAUGGAGAAGCAGCUGGCCAUCCUGGACACCUUGUACGAGGUCCACGGACUGGAGUCGGAUGAGGUGGUGUGACGGCCGCGGGGCAGCGCCGCCUCCUCACUCUGGGGCGUGGAGUUUGCCGACGUGUUUUGUUGCUCUGCUUACUUUCCAGCAGCAGCUUCGCCCUCUCCAGCCCCUCGGGGGCGUGGGGCAGUGGAGACGAAGCCUAGAGCUUUUAUAUAUAAUUUUUUUAAAUGCAUAUGUGUUCUGUGUGUUUAAAAAUCAAGGUGCUAUAUAUUUUCAGUUCAAAGGGCCUCUUGGAAACCAAAUCAUAGCUGUUAUAUAGACUUGAACGGCGAGUUACAAGAGCAGAUUUGACAUUUUGUUGGUACUGUGUUUUGUUUUGAACUUUGAGUUUUAAUGGGCCACCCAAACCCAAGCUGUAAAUGAACAAAUUCUGAAUCAAGGACUGUAACUCAUAGCCAGGGUUUCAAUCAACUUAGACUAAAAAUUUGGAGGGAGCUGUGCCCCGUUGUUAAAGCUGUUGAAAUACAGAGUUUUCUAUCCCUAGACAUCUCCAGAGAAUCCUCCCCUCCGUGACUGUGUGGCCAGUAGGAGUCCAUGUCGUCAAGGUACUCAGGGCAUUGGCGUGACCAUGUCAGCGUGGGAGGUAGGUGACACAAAGAAGAAAUGCCAUCACUAUUUACAGGUGGACAGACCGUGGCUCCGAAGAGAUGGUGGUGUGAACUCACUCCAGCAUCAGGGACAGUGUGGGAGAGGUGGGACAUGUCACCCGCAAUGACCCCGUCAUAGUGCCCACCUGUGCCAGCAAGCUUUCCUGUGCAUGUUCUCAUUCAGAUAUCAUACCAAAACUGUGACAUUCAGGGAUUACCACCCAAUUUCAGAAGUAAGGAUUAGAGGUUGAGGGAUUUGCUCGCAGUCAUACAGCAUCUAAGUGGAGGAACCAGGUGAUUCCUCAGUGACCUGGACCACCUCUGCAUCACAAUCACACGGAGUACUUCUGCAGAAAGCAGACCCCCAGGCCUCUCCCUGCCCUGUAGCGCUGGAACCUGGGGCUAGGACUCAGGACUCUGCAUUUGAAUAGACUUUUCAAGUGAUUCUUGUACACACAUGGUCGAAGAACCAUGAGGUUAAAUUCUAGUUUACAGAAUUCCCAGUCUUCUCCAUGAAUUAAAUGAUGUGUCCUUUUUUCCAAGAGGAAGAGACUGUUGUUGAAAUAAAAUAGUUAAAGGGAGAGUGAGUGAGAAGUGGACCGAGGUUACUCAGCAGCUUUCUGAUGGCGGCAGCGGCGGCCUGCAGGCCUUGGCGGUGCGUUCGGGGACCGUGGCUAUGAGCGAGCGCUCCCGUCAGUCUCGGUGUGUCCACCAUCGUGCAGAGCGAGCUAAAUGCAACUGCUUAUCAACUUCAGAAGCUGUGGAACUGUCAUUCAUUCUUUCCUAAAACAACCUUGUGUGGGCAUUCUCUCGAAAAGAGCGACACUCAGACUGUGGCCCCAGUCUCUCAGUAGGCCAAGCUGCCAAGAGUGUGUGUGGGAGAGAAGCCCGUUAGCGACCACUUGUCGAUAGUAGCUGGAAGAGAAGUUCCAGUGUGAGGUUUCCCAGGGACGAGGGUGCAUCCCUUUGAGGGGCACAGGUGAAUGCUACCUGGGCAGCGCCAGGUGAUGCUGUUCCUAGAGCAAAGAGAACCACCCCCCUCCCGCCCCGCUUAGGCAGAGAGGUUAUGGAGGGAGGGAUACUGAUUUUGUGUUGGGUGUCUUUGAACAAAUGGGCAUUUAUUUAGCUCAAAUUAAUGAUGCAGUUCCUCUACUCACAUGAGGAUGUCUGGAAAAGGCUUAAACUUAGAAAAGCAGCAUCAGAUGUUUAAGGCUGGAUGCUAAAAUGAUGGUGAUUCUUUUGUAUUUUAGCACUUCCUGUUGGCAGCUGCCAAGGCAGGUGUGUGGUCCUCCCUGUCCCCACAAGUGAUCAGUGUGACUCUCCCUCUAGCUGGUGUGAAUACGAGGGUGGAACUAGGGAAUAAUUUAGAAUUCCUGCCCUUGACGCAGCCUCCUAAAAGGGAAAAAGAAAAAACAGCCAAUCUACUCUCACCUUGAAUGAAGACACUUUUAGGCGCUGUGCCCUUGGGAAGGGGUGCUCCCAGAGGUUAUAAGUGCAGUGAAGCUUGACCGUUCCAAUGGGCUGCUAGUGUUCCCUGUCACCUCAGGUGAACUCGUGUGGUCUCUUGGAGCGGGGGUGGGCACGCUGAGGAUACCUCAGAUUUGUCCUUGAUACUCAGAACACACACAAAAAGCACGCAGCUCGGCGUGGCCGCUUGGCACGUAUACAGGCAUUGCCUUGGUGUGCAGGACUCAACUCCUGGGGAAGAACGCUGUAAUAUAUAAAUAUGCUGGGAUCUUUGGGAACCCAGAUCAGAAUAGCUAGAAUAAUGAAUGAGUUGCAUUUUCUACGCAGCCUUUUCCCAGACAUUACCCUGUAGGAUGGGUCUGAUGUUUUUUGAUAGGUAUUUUCCUCACUGGAGCAUAUUAAGUUUGCCUAUGAUGUGUCACAUUUGGAGAGUCCUUCAAUAAAAAUACCUAGAAGUUGAACCUAAGGCCAGACGAUCAUUUUACCUUGACCUAAAGCUUGGCACAGGCAGAGCUUCCUCCUGAAUCUACAGUAUUUGCUUCUCCAUUUUAGUUAAAGUCCUAAUUUGUGCUGAUUUGCAUUUACUGUCCAAGAAGAGAACAAAGAGAAAAGAUUGUUCAGGCUUUCUCCCCACAAACCUCCAAGACUUCAGGAAACCGAAGCUUGCUUUCACUCGGACGAUGAGAGGAGAAAAUGCUGUUGUGUUUGUUGGCACAGCAGUCACCUUGCUCUCAUUGCUCAGACAUAUUUAGGAUCCCUUUUCAAGAGUAACUGUUAGAUCCUGAAGAAAAAGGUAAUGUGUCUUCUGGGUAUCAGGAGAAGCUAGUAAGUAACAUCGGAUGAUGCCUCACAGCCCCUCCGCACCCACCGUUUCAUCUUCCACAGCCGAAGCCAGGCUUUCCACUCAAGAGGGAUCGAUGUGUGUUUGUCUAACUGAACAAAAUCCUUUCAAUGCUGGCAAUUUUUCUGUCCUUUGAAAGCAAAUUUGACUUCUGCUAGGUAAUCCUGGUGAAACUGUGAAGUUGGAGAGAUACCUUUUGGGGGCGAAACCAGCUUGUGGCUGUGAAGUGGGUGUGGUUUUCUCGCCAGCUCCGCAGGGAGCUUUAGAAGUGGGACUCGGCAUGGCGAGCGUGUCGGUGCCGGGCGAUUGACUUUGAAAGGUGGUGCUCAUCAGCUGUGGGGUAGCGGCUUGAGGCACCUUGUCGUCGUUUGUGUGCCAUUGUGAACAUAAAGCUUCCCCACCGGUCACAUUUCGUGAGGGCUCUCUGAGCUUCUCUCCUCUCCUCUGUCACUAGAGAUUGCCACCGGGGUCCCCAUCCGAACACCAACCACACAGCCCUCUUUUAGCGGUUCUGCCCUGUUCAGCAGUACCUCCGGGCACAAGUGCAGCAUCUGGCACAGACCUAACCCAGGGUUAGGGGGUUCGGUUCCCCUCCCAGACCGCAAGAGCUUCCUAACCCCUCUUUCCAUUUGUAGCUGUGAAGCAGGUGAUCACCAUGAUGUGUCGCAUCUAGGAAGGGCGAUCUGAUAUUGAAUGAGUGGGGCUGGAAAGUUUUGCAGUCUUCUCUUUUUCGAUUAUUAAUUGCAUUUUUGUAUAUAUCCAAAAAGUUAAUGCUUUCACCUUUAUAUUUUCAGAAAAGUGUUUUUAAUUAAAAAAAAAAAUGUGGUAGGGACCAACACUUUUCUUUAUUCAAUUUGAAAUAAGUAGAGGAGCUGAAGUGGGAGGUAUCUUAUUAAGGAAACUUAAUCCGACUGUGAAAAUCGUAUAUGAAGAAAUACUUCAGGCAGUCGAGAGCGUCAGAGGGUCCUGAGCAGUAUAAAAUGAUGUGAGACAUUUGGGAAACUUUCUGGAGGAAACUUAUUUUUAUGGAUUUUUUUUUCUCACUAAUCUACCACAUCCUGCAAGAAGCUGGUUACAUAAUGGUGCAUUUCUGAAUCACUGAUUAAAAUCAGCCGCUUCUGAUCUUAGUCAUAGGUUUUACAACUCUUCGGCUUCCCCACCCUCGUGUUUCGGUUUUUUUAGGUGAACUUCCAACCUUUUUUACAUUUUCAGAUUUAGAAUUUAUAAGUGAAAUAAAUAUAUUUUAAGCUGUUGUUCUGUUAGCUGAGCUGCUGUGUUUGGUCGUCAAGGGCCCGGCCCGGGCUGCUCUGAUCUGGUACAGUCCGCGUGCGGGCUGGUGCGUGCGGUAACCCUGUGCUCCUGUGACGUGUGUGAGAACUGCGUUCUGCUUCUGGGUGUCCCUUUGUAAUCCGCAGUCGCUUACUCAGGGGUUUCAUAAUAAUGACAUAAAAUAUUCACUAGCCGUCUAAUGGCAUUUUAAGAUUGCUUAUCUAUUGUAAGGUUGUUAGGAGUCCUGUCACCAAUCCCGUGAACUGUCUCUGAAAGCGUUCCCACUUCCCACCCUGUUGCAGCCAGUAGUCCUGUGUACAGAGGCCGUUUGCAUGAUUUCUUCUUGCACUGCUGCAUUAAGGCACUCCAGGC